GCCCCACUACUUCUUCCCGCUCAUCCUCACACAUACGGCCAUCGCCCGGCGCUGCUCGCCCUCAAGACUUUCGCAAAAUGGCCGCGGUACAAACACUGCCGAAGGAUAUUUCUAAGCUGGGCGGAGAGAUCAAGCUCUUCGGCAAGUGGGAGACACAAGAGAUCGAGGUGAAGGACAUUUCUCUGCAGGACUACAUUCAAGUCAGGCAUGCCGUCUACCUGCCCCACACCGCCGGCCGCUACGCGAAGAAGCAGUUCAAGAAGGCUCAGAUGCCCAUCGUUGAGCGUCUCGUCGACAGCUUGAUGAUGAAGGGCCGCAACAACGGCAAGAAGCUCCUGGCCGUUCGCAUCGUCGCGCACGCCUUCGAGAUCAUCCAUCUCCUCACCGACCAGAACCCUAUUCAGGUUCUCGUCGACGCCAUCGUCAACACCGGUCCUCGCGAGGAUUCCACCCGUAUCGGCUCUCAGGGAACCGUGAGGCGACAGGCUGUUGAUGUUUCGCCCCUGCGCCGGGUGAACCAGGCCGUCGCGCUCCUGACGAUCGGCACCCGUGAAUCGGCGUUCCGCAACGUCAAGUCGGUGGCCGAGUGCUUGGCUGACGAGCUCAUCAACGCGGCCAAGGGCUCUUCCAACUCGUACGCGAUCAAGAAAAAGGACGAGCUCGAGCGUGUGGCGAAGUCCAACCGGUAGAGCACCCGCUCACCGUCACCUGUUAUGCUAUUUCCCGUUUUCGCCCCAUCGGCCAGGUUACACAUGUAUCCAUGCUCCUUAUGGCAAUCCACUGCGGCAGCUCCACCUGGCGAGAGCGCGAUGAGCGUGACGUCCGCUCUUCCCGAAGUUGCGGGUUUUCAAUGAACCCAUUCC